AUUAUGAAGUAUGAUGACAUACUGAAAGACCUCGGUGAGUUUGGAACUUACCAGAAGAGGUUGUACGUCCUUCUCUGUAUUCCGAUGGUGUCCUUGGGAAUACAGAUCAUGGUAACCGUCUUCACACUCGGCGUCCCGGAUCACAGGUGCGCAGUUCCUGGUUUAGAUAACGACACCUAUUUGAUACAAGGGGAACAGCAUGCGCGUGCUGUCAACGCCGCUAUUCCUGCAGCAGAUGAGGGGACACAACUCUAUUCGUCUUGUCACGUAUAUGACGUCACCAACAAAUCAAGGACGGGUGCUCUUCAAAGCAGCAACACAACACACUCGUGUAAUCGAUGGGUUUAUGAUGAAGAGACGUUUGGCUCGAACAUCGUGACAACGUUUGACUGGGUGUGUGACAUGAAGCUGUACAAGUCGCACAUACAGAUGAUGUUUAUGCUGGGAUCCUUGGUGGGGAGUAUUGUUGUCAUCCCUCCUGCAGACUUCAUCGGAAGGAAGAAGAUGUUUAUGUUGGGCGUCCUCUUUCACAUUGCUGCUUCCAUCUCCAUGGCAUUCGCCACGAAUUUUUCUGUGUUCACAUUCCUGAUGUUCUUCAACGGCAUGUCGAGCACGGCGAUCUGGAUGAACGGCUUUGUUGUGGGUGUGGAGCUAGUUGGUCCCUCCAAACGUCGAUGGACUGGUAUCAUUGUUGAAUUUUUUUGGUCAUCGGGAUACUUUAUCGCCGUUGGCGCCGCCUACUUUAUACGAGACUGGCAACAUCUACAGCUGGUUGUGGCAGCGCCGACAGUGCUUUUCCUAGCCUACUACUGGUUUAUUCCCGAAUCUCCCCGAUGGCUGAUCACAAAGAGGAAAUAUGAGAUGGCGGAGGGGAUAUUACAACGUGCUGCAAAGGUCAACAAAGUAACCUUGAGCUCUGACUUGUUCAGUGGAAAUGUACUUGACAGUACAAAAUCAGAACCAAUAUGGAAAAUAUUCACAAGCCUCACCCUGGUAUCCCGAUGCGUCAUUGUGUUCAUCAACUGGCUUGUGUGUAGUCUCGGGUAUUACGGUCUCGGCCUCAAUGUGGCAAGUCUCGGCGGCAGCGUCUACGCCAACGGCCUCAUCGCAGGAACAACAGAAGUCGUCUCCUACAUCGCCUGCAUUCUUCUCCUCGACCGCACCGGCAGAAGGUCCUUACAUUGUGUGUGCAUGAUCCUUGGCGGUAUCUGCUGCACAGCCACAAUAUUUCCUGUCCUGUAUGGAGCUGGGGCUUUGAACUGGCUGACCAUAGCACUUGCCCUGGUGGGUCGAGCCUUCGUAUCAGCAAGUUUUGCCAUAGUCUGGCUUUACACGUCCGAACUGUUCCCAACAGUCAUCAGGAACUCAACUAUGAGUGUAGCGAAUGUGUGUGGCAGAUUGGGUGGAGUCAUAUCUCCCUAUAUCGCCAAUCUGGCGCUUGUAAUUCCAGGGGACUUUGGGCGAGCUGUUCCACUGAUUAUAUUCGGGGCCUCGAUGGUCGGAGCUGGUCUGCUGGCAUUGCUGCUUCCGGAGACCCUCAACAAGGAACUUCCAGAAUCAAUCGAAGACGCCGAAAAGAUGAAGAGCCCCAAUCAAACGUCUGAUGCACGUUUUGUGGACUUUGUCCGUCCAGGAAAAGAUGAUGAGACGUUUCAUCUAAGGGCGGUAUGUGACAGCGAGUCAGAGGACGAUCCAGCAGUGUAAACAGUGUUCAUGCCAGUCGCCAUUUCUCUCAUUUGUGGAACAUUUCUAAAAUAUUGUGAACAGAAACAAAUUAUAGUUUAGUCAUCUGAAAUGUGAUUUUGUUUUGUCAUGACGUAUUCAUUAAAUCAUUUACCUUA